CUCCCAAGUGCUGGGAUUAUACUCACAUAAUGCCAAGAAAAAAGUAUUUCCACUGGCUCUCAAGGACUGUCUCAACUCAAGUAGGUGAGAAUUAUAUAGAUUUAAUUUAAAUAUCUCUUCCUGAAUGCAGACAUCUUUCAAUUACGUAUUUAGAAGAACAAGAGAAAAACUCCACACAUUAUAAACCCCAGAUAAAUUACAACUUAGGCAUCUGAGGCAAAGAAUUAUGAAUUCAUCUUAAACACUGGCUGAAGUUUCUGCACUGGUGACAAGGAAGCAGAAAACGACACAGUAUAUGGGCCCCACAACGGGGAAAAAAAUGAAAGCGUGCCUAAUUUACUGGAAUCCUAACAAUCAAAUGUUUAAAGUUUAAAGCACUUUACAAUACUACUUUAUCAAAUUCAAAAAGUGUUCACCCCAUUUUAUUUCAUUUGUAAACAUUACAGAUGUAGCUUUCCAAGGGGGGAAAACUGCUAUUCUACUUGAGCCUAAUAAUAGAAGCCCAAUUCAGGGUAACUACAAUAACUAAUAUCUGAACUUUUAGAUCUGAAUUUUAGCUCUUCACCUUUGAUAAUGUUAAGAAGGAAAAAUAAUGUAGUAUAAUCAUUUCUGGAUACUGAGGAGCAGACCAGAGCAGAAGUCUGUAGAAAACAUGCAGUCAACAGAUCAGACUGCCCAUACACUGUUCUACUUACACUUCAUUAGGUUCUAAGAAAUGAAUCCUAAAAAUGUAAGCUAGGAAGACACUGUGAAGAUUUGUAUUGAUUACAGCAAGGAAUCUUGUGUUAGUUGGUAAAGUAGAUGGCAAAUUACAUCAUAAAUUAAGAUCUAACAAAUCAUGUAAAUGAAAAUGUCCAGAUUCUUUAGACAGCCUGACUGUGAUAUGCAUAAAACAUCCUCCUCUCCAGCCUCACAGCCACUACCUGCACCUUGCAUCCAGCCACUGCAAGAAACUUCUAAUCUUUGUGCUUCUAGUUGUACCCUUUCCAUUCCGCACAUUACAGCCAGUGACUGCUCUAAAAUUUAAGCCUAAUCUUAUCACUACCAGCCUAAAAUCCCUUGAUGACUAAAUUCCAAACUCCUUACUUCCACUUGACCUCCUGUUUAUGUCUCCAGUCUCAUUUCUUCUUACAGCCUAUUUUCUUUGCCUUUUACACUCAAACCCUAGGCUCCAACUACCCAGGGCAACAAAGAAUAAAGCAUUUCAGAGGAGUAUCUGGGACGAGUUAUUACAAAUUAAUGAUGUUUCUGGAGUUUUGGUUUCCUAUGUCUAAAUGACCACAAUGAUUGAAAACAUCUUGAUCUCACUUUAGUAUCUUCUAGUGCUCUUAUCAGCUGUAGUUUAUGGUCCAUUAGAGGGUGGAGAAAUCAAUUCUAGUGAGUUGUGAUCCCCUUCUGAAACCCCAGUGGGAAAUGAACUGGCAGUAGAUAAGGGAACAAAAACCAUGCUGAUGUAGAGACCUCAGCGCAGUGAGGGGCUGCUGGGGAGAGGGCUGAAUACUGAGCGUCACAUGAAGAAGGCUAGUUCUGGAAAGGAGACAGGCUGAACUGUGAACACAGGGCACAUGGAGUAACAAGGACGUGUCCUAACCCCACCAGGUGUUGGCCUACAUCAAUGGUACCGUGUCAGGCAACCCUGGAGUAUCCCUGGUCUACUCCAUGCCCUCCCGGAACGUGUCCCUGAAGCUGCAGGGCCUCCAGGAAAAAGACUCUGGCUCCUACAGCUGCUCCGUGAAUGUGCAAAACAAGGGCCAUGACAGCAAAACUGUGGAACUCAGCGUGCUGGUUCCUCCAGCGACUCCAUCCUGCAGUCUCCUGGGUGUGCCCCGGGUGGGGGCCAACGUGACCCUGAGCUGCCAGUCCCCAAGGAGUGACCCUUCGGCUCAGUACCAGUGGGAGCGGCUGCCCCCACUGGCCCAGGUUUUCUUUGCACCGGUUUUAGGUGAGGGAGUUUCUGGAAACACUCAGGCUGUGGCUGGAGAAGGGGUGGAAGAGUGGUGCUGCAGGACUGGGGCGGAAGGGGGAAGAAAUGCUGGAAAGGGAUAGGGAGGAGCAAGAGGAGAGGCGAGGAAGAUGGCCUGCCAGGUGCAGGCGCUGGGACGGGUGCUUUCCUGUAUCACAUACUGUUACACUAAAGAGGCUCUGGAGCUGGACUGCCUGUGUUCAAAUACAAUAGUGUAUUGCAUGUAAUUAGCUAUAGAGCCAUAGUGUGGUUAAAUAAUAUUUAUAAAGCACUUAGGACCAGGUAUGGCACACAGUAAAUGUUACAUAAGUGAUCUCUAUCUUUUUCGGUACUGGGGAUUGAACUUGCAGUGUCCCUUUAUUUUGGAACAGGGUCCUGCUAAGUCACAAAAUGCCCAAAUGGGUCUUGAGCUUUCAGUCCUCCUGUCUCAGCCUACCACAGUGCUGGUUUUAUAGGUGUGCGCCACCAUGCCUGGUGAUUUAUUGCAGUUUUACAUAUAUGUUAUGUCAUUAAAAUAC